UCUGUGACAAAUUGAAAAGAGAAAUAUUAUUCUUGUAAAAAAAAAAAUGAGUAAAACGGGAAAAGAAGAAAUAAAAGAAUAUGGAUGGAGCGAUAAAUUGUUAAAAGAUAUAGCAGGAAGAACUAAAUUUCCAAAAGAAGUCUUUAAAAUAGAUGAAAUAAAACCGAUAAUAUCCCGAUUCUUUCAUUUUUACUUUUUUGGUGAAGUAUCUUCUGAUUGUACGAUACCAUGCACUAUUUAUUCAGCAAUUGCUUUGCUGAAUGUUCCAUAUUCGAAUGGCUAUUCACACGUAUUCGCAGGAAAACAUUUUAAAGCGCUUGAUAAUGAAACACCAUUUUUUGAUGCACAUGUACAUACCGAAAGGAAAUAUUUUGAAAAAUCUAAUAAUAUACCACAGGAGUCAUUUCAAUAUGAAAUUUAUAAAAUUUUAUUCUUUUGGAAUAUGUCUUCAAUUAAUGAACAAGCAACAUUAAUGAGAUUAACUGCUUUUUUGGCAUUAAAAUUCUGCGCAGUCGUUUCGAAAAAUAAAUCUCAAAUGAUAUUAUAUUUCUCAUCACAUCCUAAUUUAAGAAAAACACUUUGCAAUUUAGUUGGUUGGGAGAUGAAUCGUCAUUACUCAGAACCAAAUUCUGAUGCAAUUUACAAAUUUAUAGAUAUUUUAACCAACGAUAAAAAUAGUCGUUUAUCAAUAAGAUCGCUCUUUGCAAUUGUUGUUAAAGAAUGGAUAAAUAUUGUUCGAAUUGAUUCAAAACCAAAUAGAAUUGCAUCACUUUUAAUGGAGUCAUUGUUAGAGGAAACAGCUGGUAAUGGAAUUGGAUUAAUAUCUCUAAUAACAUCAGUAAUUUUUAACAUGAAUGUAACUUACUCACAAGUUUUAGAUGCAUUAAAGUCAGAACAUGAAAAAUUUAAUCAAUAUGAAGAUUCUUAUAAAAGACUCGUAGAGUUUCAAAAGAAAUUUGUCGAUAUUGAGAAUCCUGAACUUAGCUAUCCCUGGGGUCGUUUAAUAAAACCUACUUAUUUAAGUCAAUAUUCUGCGCCGAAUAAUCUAUUUAUUUGUGGUAUUUUUGCUUCAAUUAAUCAAAUUUAUGAAGGACCAAGAGUGUGGAAUGCACAGUGGUCGAAAAAGUAUGUUUUUAACUUUAAAGAAGCAAAAGAAAUAGGAAAAAAAAUUCAUGAUCGUUUAUUGAAAUUCAAAAAUUGUGAAAAUUAAAUAAAAUUUGCUUUUUUAUCACUUAGUAAUAAAUUUUCACAAUUUACAAAUUUAUAUUUUUGAAAUUUGUUAAUUGCAAACACAAUAUUGUUUACAUAAUUAAGUUGAAGUUGAUGUUUUUCUAAACUUUUUUGAAAAGCCGAAAAAUCAUAUUUGUUACAAAUAUUAAUAUAUUACACUAAAACGUUAAAUCACCUGAUUUUGUUCAUUAAGAAAAAAUUAAAAAAAAAAAAAAAAAAGAAACGAAAUAUUGAUAAACUAGUUUGAAACUAGUUGAAAUGCGCACUAAAUUUCUAUUUCAUUUUCGAUUGUUUGUCUCGUGCUUAAUUUCGUAUUAUUGUAAAAUUUGCAAUUUUUAAUUGCAAAAUGAUGUUUAUUUUGAUAAUCUUAUUUGUUUAAAACUCAAUAAAAGUUUACUGAAUCAAUAAAUUUGAUUUUUUUUAUUAUUAUAAAACAAAUGAAAAAUUGUACGAAUUGGUAACACUGUGUCACAUGACUUAUAUAGAUGGCGUUCCUACUUCCGUAUUUUUAAAUUUGUAAUUCUAUAUGAAUUGGUAAAUUUUUUUAAUUUAACUAACAUUGAAAAUUGUAGAGAUGAAAAUUAAUACACUUUUUUUAAAAAACAUUUCCAAUUAAUUUUAUUUAUUAAAGUAUAAAAACAAUCGAGUAGUAAAACUUUCUUAAUUUAAACAUUAUCACCGGUAAAUAUAUGUAAUAUUUUACGAAAUUAAAUCAAUUACAUUAUUAAAAAAAAAAAAAAA